AUGAAUCAACAGUGUAAGGUGUGCGGUGAGCCCGCGGCAGGCUUUCAUUUUGGAGCGUUCACCUGCGAGGGAUGCAAGUCUUUCUUCGGCCGCACUUACAACAAUUUGUCGUCGAUUUCGGAGUGCAAAAACAACGGUGAAUGCGUCAUCAACAAGAAGAACCGAACCGCGUGCAAGGCCUGCCGGCUGCGCAAGUGCCUCGUGGUCGGAAUGUCCAAGAGCGGCUCCCGGUACGGUCGGAGGUCCAACUGGUUCAAGAUCCACUGUUUGCUGCAGGAACAACAGGCGCAGAAGAACAGCAGCAGCAAUAACAACAACAACAACACGCUGGCCAGUAACAACAAUGACACUAGCAGUAGCAACAAUAACAACAACAGUAACGGAAGCAACUCCCCCGGGUUGUUGCCGAACGGGUUCCUCCCGGCGAACUUCCUGUCAAAUCUCUGCAACAACAACAACAACGUCCCCCUAAAGAAAGAGCUCAAAAGACCCAGCUCUCCAAGCGAUUCCGGAGCAUCUUCCGCCGAUCCGGACGAAAGCGCCAACAACCCGUUCGCGGCGGCCAACAACACCGCCCGCACCACGAUCUCCCCCAAGGUUGAAGUUCCGGAGGUGACCCUCACCAAGAUCAGCCCGAAGACCCCCAGUCGGCGAACCCCCUCCACACCAUCCUCGUCCACGACCACCACCUCGGACACCUACCGACCCCUCCUGGACCGGAUGUCCCCCUACCAGCUUCCAACACCCUUCCGACCGGAACCCACCCCGUACUUCCCGAUCCCGUUCGCCAUCCCACCCGUCUCGCUGGCCCUGAUAGCCAACAAGCAUCACCACCAGCUCAACGCGAACCACGAGCAGCACGAACCGAUUGAUCUGUCGAUGAAGUCCAAGUCGAGUUCGGGGUCCGGGUCGCCCAACCGGAUGGGAUCUCCUCUACUUCCUGCGAAUGUUAGUGGUGCCGGAGAUGAUGGGGAAGAUUUGAGCUCGGUUGCGGCGGAAAGUGCCCCACGACCGGUGCCGCUGGAUUUGACUUUUGUUAGGACGAAGGCGAUGUCGGGGUGACUUGGGGCGUAGUUUAUGAACUGUUUGUGCGUAAUUUUAAGUAUUGUUAAAAGGGAUUCUCU